AUAUAUCUAGAAGCUGGGCAUAUCCUCAGAGUACACUCCCUUAUUUGUUUCAGAUUUUCUCUCCCUGCAUAAGAAUUGCUCAUACCAUAGACCAUAAAAAUCAAAACAAAGAACAAAGGGGACUGAAACCCAUUGUUACAAGCCAACAAUACGCUCUCUCCCAAAGCUUCCAAUAGUCUUGCACCAACCAAAAUAGCCAAAAUGGUGCUAAGUGUCAAAAGAGUUUCAGUAAUAGGAGCAAUGGUGAUAUUCUUUGGUCUAAUGGUUAUGGGCAGUUUUACUAAUGCAGAAAGACUACUGAAAGAACAAAAACCAAAAAUUUUGGUUGAGAAAGAAAUGGAACCUAGUUUUCUUCAAAAAAUGGCUCAUUUCUUGUGGCAGAGUGGCAAGUCCUCUUAUGAUCCUGUUUGGCCAGAGAUGGAGUUUGGUUGGAAAAUUGUGGUAGGAUCAAUAGUUGGGUUCCUGGGUGCAGCACUGGGUAGUGUUGGAGGUGUUGGAGGUGGUGGAAUUUUUGUUCCUAUGCUCACCUUGAUUAUAGGUUUUGAUCCCAAAUCUUCCACUGCCAUUUCGAAGUGUAUGAUAAUGGGUGCUGCAGGAUCAACAGUAUACUACAACCUAAGAUUAAGGCACCCAACACUUGACAUGCCCCUUAUAGACUAUGACCUUGCUUUGCUUUUUCAGCCCAUGCUUAUGCUUGGAAUUAGCAUUGGAGUAGCUUUUAAUGUCAUGUUUGCUGAUUGGAUGGUAACAGUUUUGCUUAUUAUCCUCUUCAUAGGUACAUCAACUAAAGCUUUAUUCAAAGGAAUAGAUACAUGGAAGAAAGAGACAAUGAUGAAGAAGGAAGCAGCAAAGCAAUUGGAAUCAGAGUCCAAACCUGGUGAUGGACAAGAUUACAAACCACUCCCGAGCGGUCCAACAGCUCUCUCAAAUGAUGAAGAGAUUCCUCUACUUCAAAACAUUUACUGGAAAGAAGUAGCAUUGCUGGUGUAUGUAUGGUUAGGCUUUCUUGCUGUUCAAAUUGUUAAGUCAUAUGCUAAAACCUGCUCCAUGACAUACUGGAUUCUUAACGCCUUACAGAUACCAAUUGCAGCCUCAGUUACUAUUUUCGAAGCCAUAUGUUUGCGGAAAGGGACAAGAGUUAUAGCAUCAAAGGGAAAAGAAAUCACAAAUUGGAAGUUUCAUCAGAUUUUUCUUUACUGUUCCUGUGGUAUAAUAGCUGGUAUGGUAGGUGGCUUGCUUGGGCUAGGAGGCGGCUUUAUCUUGGGACCUCUUUUCCUUGAACUAGGAAUUCCUCCUCAGGUGGCAAGUGCAACAUCUACCUUCGCAAUGGUAUUCUCAUCAUCUAUGUCAGUUGUUCAGUACUACUUUCUCAAUCGCUUCCCUGUCCCAUAUGCUACUUAUUUUGUUAUAGUUGCAACAUUUGCUGCCUUGGCCGGGCAGCACGUAGUGAGAAGGAUUAUUGCCGUUCUUGGAAGAACAUCAAUAAUCAUUUUCAUACUGGCUUUGACAAUUUUUGUCAGCGCAAUCAGUUUAGGUGGAGUGGGCAUAGCAGAUAUGGUUGAGAAGCUGGAAAACGAAGAGUAUAUGGGAUUUGAAAAUCUUUGUUACUAAGAAGUUCAGUUAUAUCAGAGUACAGCAGAUUGGGAUUUGGAUUUUUCUCAGUAGAUAACAACACUACAAGCAGCUUCUUCUUCUUCUUCUUCUUCUUCUUCACAGUUGAAUUUCAAGUUAAGAGAUAUAUAUAUACAUAUAUAAAUGUUAUUGAACAUUUGAUUAUUGUAUGUAAAAGUUUCAGCUAAAACUUGUGUGGCUGAGCUUCUUCAUGUUUUUCCUUUUUCACUUGCGUCUUAUUACUAUUGUUUCUCCCGAUAAAUUUUUUGCAACAAAGCUGCAUUUCAUGAACUAUUAUUUGAGAUA